AUGUCUCUGAUCAAUCGCCCUCGGGUUAGGGUCAAUGGAGUCCAGAGAAUGAGAACUCACCAUUACUAUUGGUGUAGGCAAUGCCAAAGAACUGUCAGGAUAGCCUCAACCAACCCAUCUCAAACUUUAUGUCCCUAUUGUUUAGGCCUACUCGGCUCUGAGCUCGACAUGUCAAGGCCAAUGCUCUUUCUCGAACCAUCCCCUGCAUCGCGGUUACUGGAUGCCAUGGUUGCAAUGUUUGAUCCCCCCUCAACAACAAGCCAAACUAGUGAUGAAAACUGCCGUGCUUGCGAAGCUUGGAUAAUCCUCCAUUUGGCACGCCCUAUUCGUCCCCCAGGAGCCCUCUCUCCACCUGAAAGCGCGGUUCCUGAGGCCAUGGACUCGAUGGAAGUCUCUCCCGGUAAUGGGAUUGAAGAGGAUGAGUUUGAGGUUGGUGUGGAAGUGAGAGAGCUGCCUUACAAGCAUUUUUAUCACCCUGAUUGCAUCAUUCCUUGGUUGAGCAUCCACAAUACAUGUCCAGUGUGUCGGUACCAGCUAAAAGUUGACGAUGAUUCUGAUCAAAUUGACAAUAUUGCUGAAAAUUUUGGUGUGGAAGAGACAGACAUGGAUUAA